UCCAUGAGCAACAAAAAUGAUCGGGCGGUCGUCCUACAGAUGUUAGAACGUGUGUGACCAGGGAUUACUACAGUACUAUGAACCUUCCUAUGUUAUUCCAGCAAACUCAGCAAAUCUCGAGACAAAUUUUCAAUGUUAUCCAUUGAGACAGCGUUAAUGAUAUCGCAUUCUAGCCUGAUUAACCGAGCUUCAGAGAGUUUCGACAGUAGUGAGAUCCUUGGGCCAUCUCCAGUUCUUGUCUCGGUCUGAAGUGAAACUGGGAAUGAGGAUAAUACUAAGCAGCCAUACCGCAAUCAGGAACUAAUGAAUGAGAUCACAGCCGAAUUUUGACCUGGAGAAUAGCAUACUCUUGUAGAGGAUUCUGCGGUUCAGAGAGCUUUUCGAGUCCGUACGAAUGAGAAGUUGACGAUCCGAAGGGGCGAAACUUUGUCCAGGGCUUGAGAACCCCCAUUGCUCUUAACGACAAUUAUAUGCUGCGAGGAUGCCCUUCGACCAAGACGUGAUGGAUGUUCUCAAAUCUCACUUUCCCAUUGAAUCGUACCUGUUCGCCGCUCAAUCCUCCAGAACAUUUCAGCGAAGUGGGUUAUCGCGGAAACUAGUUUCAAUGCAGAAUCCAACCGAGCAGUAUACUUUGACAUAUCUCGAAGUUGAUCUAUUCGAAGGAACAAGUAAAUGUGCCAUCUGCCUUCAAAGAUUCGCUGCUGCUGAGUGGAACAUAGCCCUGGACUACCUUGGCAAGAGAGUACUUGAAAUUCAAAUAAACAUGUGGGAAUACGAGGAAGAUCGAAGUCAACAAGACCUAGUCGACCACCUCAAAGAAACGAUCCAACUUGCCACAGAAUGGUGCAGAAAUGUGCCGUGUUUCAUAGAAGGCGUUGAAUGGAGUCUCGAAACGCUAGGAGUCUGCGGCCAAUCUCAGAUUCAACCAGAUCAGGACUAUGGUCUCGUUCUCCUGCGGCUUCAAGGCUUGAAAACGGGACUCGACUCGAUCGCCACAGGCGUCAUCAGUAUACAAGGAACUAUCCAGGGACAGGUUUCGUUCGAGGUAGUAGAGCGGUCCAGGAAAGAAGCAGCGCUCUCGAGACAGCUAUUAUGGAUCGCCUUGAUUUUUAUCCCGCUUACAUACAGCACGAGUCUUUUUGGCAUGGAAGGCGAUUUUCUUCCGGGAUCUCGGCUCCUCGGUAUCUACUUUGCUGUCGCCAUUCCGCUUACGCUUUUAGCUUUCUUGGUAUUUUGUCUACUGGCUUUACAUGUAGUAACUGAAAAUUUUAUUUUUAUUUUUACUUUUUGGAUAAUUUUUUUUUAGGUAUAGGGGGUGAGACAAAAGGGAAGAACUUUAAGGAACACAAUUUAUAAAACACUAUUCAUCUUUG